GUUCGCUUCUGCAGUUACGGAGCGAAGGUCCGUGCCCCGCAUGCCCUGGUGAUGACUUUCCUGUUCAAGAGCGGGAGUUUAAGAGAGAAAUUGAAAUCGAUUGCUCAGGCCACGUACACUCAUUCCCGGAACUUGGCGUAUUUUGUGUUCACCUACAAGGGGCUGAUGGCAUUGCAGUCCCAGCUACAGGGGAAAAAAAUUCCAUUUCAUUCUUUCUUUGCAGCCUGCAUUGGGGGUUGGCUAGUGUUCGGUGAGAACAAUCCCAUCAACAGCCAGAUCAUUAUGUACCUGCUGUCUCGUAUGUUGUUCGGCUUGUCUCGCCUCGCGGUGGAGAAGGGCUACGUCCCGCAGCCGAAGCAGGAUCCCUUCCCGCUUGUCGCUGCUCUGGUCUGGGGGACUGUUCUCUGGCUCUUUGAAUACCACCGGCAAACGCUGCAGCCUUCUCUGCAGGCCUCCAUGACCUACCUGUACGAUGACAGCGACGUGUGGCACGAUGUUUCUGACUUUCUCCUUUAUAACAAAAGGACAGAGAGCGAGUAGGUGGUUCAUUGCAAAACGCCUUUGAAUGGGACGGGACCUUCGGGCAGCUGAGGGAAAAGGUUACUCUGUUGCUCUCGACUGGCGAUUUUUACUUUUUAUUUUUUUAAAUUAACAUUGAUCAGGCAGAGUUGCAUCUUGUGUCCUGGCCAAAAAUGUUCGGAUUAGUCUCCUCUUGGCUCUGCCUAGAGCAAGUAAAUACC